AUGAGGCCGGGAGCCGCUGACGCCAACAACGGGAAAACGGAGGCGCCAAAGCCGCACGGAUGCCUUCACAGAAACGCCGGCACAACAAAGACCGGGAACCGGAGCCAGCCAGCCGGCCGGCCGGUCUCCUUCAGUGGGGCGGAUGGGAUGCGGCCUCCGCCAGCGGAGCGCAACGUUCGCGAUGAACACCCUCCCCCCUCCCGCCCCCCAAUGGUGUCGCCCAACCCGGAGAAGCUUGCGGCGCUUUCCACAGGUUCGAAAGGGGGGCCGAACCUGGCGCUUCGGCUGCUACAUCCGGGCACUGUGGCGGUAUCGCCACCCCGGCCUUGGCAGUGGAGGCAUUUAAUUGUUACUUUUAUAGUCAUGAAGGGGUUUGCACAUCUCAACCUAUCCUUGUACUUGGAAAGCCGACUCCGGGAGGGCCUGUUGAUCUCGGGGAUCGGCUGGUCUCUGGUGCUGUGCUUUGGGGCCGCGUAUGUCUGGUAUUACUUCAGUACGACCGCAAAGCUAGGGUGUGUGGUUUUUAACUAUCGAGGAACUGCUGCCUUUGAAGUCGAUCUGUGGAAAACGCAAGAAUCAGCAGAAGAGAGCCCUCUAGGUUCUCAGGCCAGUGAGCAAGCAUUUUUAGGCAACAGGGAGGAUUUGAGCAUGCUUCUUUUAAACUAUUCGGGCAAAACUGGCAAAAAAACACCAUUAACAGCUGUAGUUUUUUCAGCAGGAUGGAAUGCUUUUGAAUCUGCAAACUCACUGGAAAAAACAGUAAAUUGGCUUAUUUUUAAUUAUUAUUUAACCAACUGUCUGAAGUCUUCAGUUACUAGACACCAGCGAGUAUUUGAUAAGCUAUUUAACAUGAAUCUUAUAAUGAAGGCUAAGACUAUUAGGGAACUUGAUAAACAGCUUACCACAGUCAUGUUUGGCUAUCCUACAGUUGAAGAUUACUAUGAAGAUGCCAGCCCACGACAUAAACUGAAGAAAAUUGGAAUUCCAGUGUUGUGCUUAAAUUCUCUGGAUGAUGCAUUCUCACCAGAUCAUGCGAUCCCAGUAGAAAUUGCAAAACAAAACCCUAACAUAGCUUUGAUCCUUGCUUCCUAUGGAGGCCAUUAUGGUUUUCUGGAAGGACGGUGGCCAAGAAAGUGUACGUACAUGGACAGAAUCUUCAAACAGUUUAUUCAAGCUGUCUUUGAGGAUGGGAGCAAAAUUAUUACUCUCUAG